AGACAUUUUUACUAUAAAACAAUUUUGAUUGAAUACCUCGAAAUCUCGAAAACGAAUCCAUAACAAUUUUGAGUUUCGGCCAACUCCCCACCUAACAAAACCCGGAAAAAUAUUCAAAUUUCCUGAUUUUAUUUUAUUUUUUCUUGAUUUUAACGAAGAUUUUAAGGUUAUGGUGAAGUGAUUAUGGGUUCAAGAAAGAAUUGUUGUAGUAGUAUUAAUUAUGAUUACUCUUUCAAGGUAUUGUUGAUUGGUGACUCUGGUGUAGGAAAAAGCAGUCUUCUUCUUAGUUUCAUUUCAAACUGUCAGCAGUUUCCUCAGAAUCUCUCCCCGACAAUUGGUAUACUCUCUCUCAUCAUUUUUUGAGGUUUGUGUGUGUGUGUGAGUGUUGGGUUGUAUCUUCUGGUCCCUUUCGAUGGGAUUCCCAAUUGCUGUUGGGCUCUUUAGAGCAGGUUUGGCUAAUCUUUUAUGUAGCUUUUUUGCUAACUUAAACAUGCUUAUUUUGAGUUGAUCUGCUUUUCAUUUACUUUUUAUAUGUUUUUACUAUGUUUUACUCCUGCCAUUUGAAGGCGAGUUUUGUUAUUUGUACCCGGAGUGUUGCCUGAUGUGAGUGAGGGGAUCGGGCCCAUACAUUUAUUGGCGUGUGCCCCGACCCCAUGUAGACUCCGGGUACCUGUAGCAAAACUCUUCUCGUAUCAAUUCAAUAGGCAUACCAUACUCUUUAACAUUUUUGAGUUGGUUGGCUGUCACACGCAAAUUAUUUGUAGCUAUAUUGUCGUUCUAAUGAAAAUGGUUUUCAAAAUUGUUGUAUUUGAUAAAACUUCUUCACAUUUAAGUAUUUUUUCUCCCUCAAAAGAACUAAAUAGAUUGAUAAAACAUUAUGCUGCGAAACUGUAAUUUUUGAUAGUUAUCGAUUUGUGACAUUUGAUCUUGAUCGGAGGAGCAUGUUGCGAAUUAAUUCUGCACACUUUGAUCUUUGAGGUUGAUUUUCCUAUGUCCAGGAGUGGACUUCAAGAUAAAACUGUUAACAGUUGGUGGAAAAAGACUGAAGCUGACCAUUUGGGAUACAGGUAACUGAGAUAUGAAGUUAAUAUCAAAAAGAAGUACAGCGGGGCAAGAAAGGUUUGGAACGUUAAUGAGUUCAUACUAUAGAGGCGCACAUGGAAUCAUUUUAGUUUAUGACGUAACAAGACGAGAGACGUUUACAAAUCUAUUGGAGAUAUGGGCCAAGGAACUAGAGCUUUACUCAACAAAUCCCGAUUGUAUCAAGAUACUAGUUGGGAACAAAGUUGAUAAGGAUAGUGUGAGGGCAGUUACUGUGGAGGAGGGGAUGGAUCUUGCACAGAAGCACAAGUGUUUAUUUCUCGAAUGCAGUGCUAAAACUAGAGAAAAUGUGCAGCAGUGCUUUAAAGAGCUAACAAUGAAGGUUAUUACAAUCAAUGGAAUGUUUCCGGGGCCACUCAUCAAUGCCACAACCAAUGAUGUUGUUCAUGUCAAUGUGUUUAAUAAUCUGGAUGAACCUUUACUUAUUACAUGGAAUGGAAUACAACAGAGGCUAAAUUCAUGGCAGGAUGGAGUUUCCGGCACAAACUGUCCUAUUGAAGCCGGGAGUAACUGGACUUAUGUAUUUCAAACCAAAGAUCAGAUGGGCACCUUUACAUACUUCCCCUCUAUUAAUUUCCACAAGGUUGCUGGAGGAUAUGGACCUAUUCGAGUUAACAAUAGGAAUGUUAUUCUCGUGCCUUUUGCUAAACCAGAAGCCGAAUUUGAUCUUCUUAUUGGUGACUGGUUUGAAGCUGAUUACAAGGAAAUUAGGUCACUAGUUCAAGAGAGUUGGGGUAUUCCUGAUGUGAUGCUGAUGAAUGGUAAAGCGCCUUACGGAUAUUCAAAUGCCACGGACUAUGAAUCUUUUACUGUCACGAAAGGGAAGACUUAUCGAAUUAGAGUUUCAAAUGUCGGAAGUGUAUUCAGUUUCAACUUCAGAAUUCAAAAUCACAAGAUGGUGCUAGUUGAAACAGAAGGGUCAUACACCAACCAGAUCAUAUUGGAUUCUCUUGACGUGCAUGUUGGACAGUCCUAUUCUGUUCUUGUUACUGCAAAUCAAGAUGAAGCCGAUUAUUACAUGGUCGCUAGUCCAAAAUUAUUCGACACCAAUUUCAGCAAUACCCCCUAUCUCGUCGGAAAUGGGGUAUUACACUAUGCCAACUCCGUUGGAACAGGCAGGGCGCCUGUUCCAAAUGGACCUGAUCCAUUCGACAUAGAGUUUUCCAUAAAUCAGGCUAAAUCUGUCAGAUGGAACUUGACUACCGGUGCUGCAAGGCCUAAUCCACAAGGCACGUUCAACGUAUCGAACAUUACCUUAACACAGAGCUUUAUCCUUCACGGAUCAAAAGCUGAAAUUAAUGGUACGCUGCGCUAUGUAGUCAACAAUGUGUCGUAUUUGACUCUAGAUACGGCAUUAAAACUGGCUGACUACUUCAGAAAUGGUUCUGGUGUGUAUGAACUCGAUGCAUUUCCAGUCCGUUCUGUCAACGAUGCUGCUGCAUAUGGAACUUCUGUUGUAACGGGAGUUCACAAAGGAUGGCUCGAAAUUGUGUUCAAUAAUGGUCAUGAAGUCAUGGACUCUUGGCAUUUGGAUGGCUUUGGAUUUUAUGUUGUAGGAUUUGGCGAGGGAGAAUGGACACCAGAAUCACGUAAUACUUACAACCUCUAUGAUCCAGUUGUUCGUUCGACAGUUCAAGUUUAUCCUGGCAGAUGGACCGCUGUGUAUGCAUUCCUCGACAAUCCCGGUAUGUGGAAUUUGAGAUCUCAAAAUUUACAGCACUGGUACUUGGGACAAGAACUAUAUGUACGAAUUCAUGAUGACGACCCCAACCCUGCCAAGGAGCGUCCUCCGCCUGAAAAUCUCCUCUUAUGUGGAAUUUUUGAUGAAUCUCCUUCCCCAUCUGGUGCACCUGCUCCACAGCCGAGAUGGUGACGAACUCAUUGGAUUUCUUGACUUUCUGAUGGCUGAUAUUGAUCGGAAUGAUUUCGAAUAUAGCAUUGAUCUGAAUUGCCAAAGUGAAGAAUCAUUUUUUUUCCCUCGUGAAUUCACAUAUAGAAUAACGUAAUUGUCUAUAGAAUAACGUAAUUGUCUAGCUCUGCCUUACAAAUUUGUUAUUUGAAGUAGAUGUUAAAUAUGUUGGGACUAUUGACAUUUAUAAUUUGAAUGUUCGAUAUAAUUGGUCAUGGAAGGAAUAUUUUGCGAUCUUCACAAUAUUUCCAAGAUCUUGUGUAAUUACAUCUAUAAUUUUAUGUUCAUAUUCACUUUGUAGGACUU